CGCGUUCCACGCCGGUUGGUCUAGAAUCGCAGAAGUCAAAGGAAACGAGGCAGUGAGAAAAGGACUGGUGACUCUUGACUGCGUCGGCUAAAAUGCGCUGGUGAGAUAUGAAGAAGGUUGUGACUUCGUGACGUGCCCUUCCCUUUAUUACAAGGCAAGGCCAAAUCCAACAGGACAUUUACUUUGAGACUUUUCGCAUUCCUACUAACCCAAGACGUUUAUCUCUGCUCAUCAAAACCAAUCUCCCAACGUUAUCUGAUCUUGGGUUCGGUCUCUUGUCGUGUUCCUUGCCGCAUUGGAAGAUAAAAGUUGAGGCUUUGGUGGAGAAAUGGUUCUGAUGAAGGAGUUUCGUAUUGUCAUGCCCAUGUCUCUGGAAGAGUAUCAAGUUGCUCAGGCAUAUAUGGUAGCAAAGAUGCAGCAACAGAACACGAAUAGCACGGAAGGGGUGGAAGUUCUAGAGAAUAAAUCUUUUGAAGAUGAUGUAUUUGGACAGGGUCAAUACACUUCUAAAGUUUAUCGUCUGCAAAGCAAAGCUCCUACUUGGCUUACCACUUUUGCACCAGCAGAUGCACUCAUCAUGCAAGAGGAAGCCUGGAACGCAUACCCAAGAUGCAAAACAGUAAUCAAGUGCCCAUACUUCACCAAAUUUCAGUUGACCAUUGAAACUGUUCACAGGGCUGACAGUGGCCAGUCUGAAAAUGUACAUGGCCUAAGUAAAGAAAAACUAGCAGCCAGGGAUGUGGAAAUAGUUGAUAUAGCCUCAGCUGCAAGGGAUUACUGGAGUUACGUGGUUGGUAGUAACAAUACAGACUUCUCCAACUUUAAAUCGGAGAAGACUGGCCGUGGUCCACUUUUAGAGGGAUGGCAGGAUAUGGCGAGUCCAGUUAUGACAGCCUAUAAGUUGGUCACCAUAGACGCACCAUACUGGGGGUUUGGCUAUAAACUUGAACAAGCUUUGCUAUUGGGUGAAAGAGCUCUUUUCCUUGAAAGCCAUCGCAAUUGUUUUGCUUGGAUAGACGAAUGGUUUGGAAUGACUAUGCAACAGCUACGUGAACUUGAUCAAGAAAGCAACUCAUUAGCUGAGAUGCAGAAACAUGGGAUGCCUACUCUGGUGAAGAGCAUUGAUGAUUAUGGCCAAAGAAUAUCACCUGAAAGUGAGGACAUUUAUCGUGGCCAGAGGUCUCAACUCUCAACUCAAUUAUCAACUUAAAUCCCACACUUUAGCGGAUAUUUUCAUUCAAUGAGAGCAACUCAUCUACACCUCUGUCAGGCCAAAUCGCAUCCAUCAUACAACAGUGGAGAGCGCCUAUUAAUAUUAGACUGCCGUAUCCGCCGGGCAUAUCAGAUAUUUGUAGUUGACAUGCUAGGGGUGAAAAAGCAUAUUUGGCAGCCAGCAUAAAUUUGGCUGAGCAUGUAAAUGACCAGAAACUUUUAUCAAAGAAAUACCCAGAAAUUUUCCUA